UGGAAGGCCAAGCUGACCUAUUCGACCAAUUAAUGGACAAGUCAUUUGACUUUAAGGAACAAGGGGCUACUAUAACCAAGGAGGAAUACGAGCUCUUAACUGAACUGAUACAGGACGAAGAAAGAUUAGAAGUGUAUGGGUUUAGAGCAAUGCAGAAGAUGAAAGAGCUGAUGAAUGAGAAUGUGGAGAAAACUUAUAGGCAAAGAGGAGAGCCCAGUGUUUUAGUGGAGUGUAGUGGGGAUCUGGAGUUUAGGCCGAUAAAAGUGUAUGAAGAUGGGAGGAGGUACUUUGGACAGUGGAAUAAAGUUACCACCCUCAGAGAAGGAACUGGCAUCUCUACCAAUCUCAACGACCACCAAUUCGUCAUCGGCCAAUUCUCUUCCGACAAAUGUACUGGAAAAGGUCUCUACAUCUUCUCAAAUGGCUCUUACUACGAAGGAGACCUAAAAGACCUCUACGCGCACGGCUACGGUAAAAUAGUGUCGAAAUAAAGGAUUUGAGUACGAAGGCCAGUGGGAGAAUGACCUGUGGCACGGCCUUGGAACGGAAGUUGAGUGCAAUGGGGAUGUUUAUAGAGGGGAAUUUGUGAGACAUGAGAGAGAAGGAGAGGGAGUGCUGGUUGAUAAGAGUGGGGUGAGGUAUGAAGGAGAGUUUAGAAGUGGUAAGAAGCAUGGGUAUGGAGUUCAGGUGGAUUGAGAGAAGACAGAGUUUUAUGCGAAUUUUGAGUAUGAUUUGGUAGAAGGGCUUUGUUGGAUAGUUAAAAUGGAUGGAGCGAUGUUCAGAGGGAAAUGGGAUGUAGAAGAUGAAAUGACUGGGAUUUAUACAGAUACUAAAGGAAGAGAGUUGAAAGUUCCUUCUGAGAUCAGUUCAGGCACUGUUCACGCCAUAUUCAAUCUUCAUUAA